AUGGCCUCAUUCUCCCGCCUAGUGCGCUUUACUUGCGAGGAUGGAAACUCAUACUUCGCUGAUCUUGGGCCUGUUGGCAACGAAACGCCUAUCCCAGGAACCCACCUCGAAGCAUUUCGAUCCUACGAGAAUCUACAAACGAAGACUGACGCAAAGAAAGUCACUAUCCAAAAACUCACCAUACCGUCCAACCCACCGCUUUGGACGAAGCCUGCUGCAUCUCUUGCGCAUCCGAACGAGGAGAUACCGAUCAACGACUUCUGCGCUCGGAGUCUUCCUGAUUAUGAGGGCGAGCUCGUCUUCGUUACUUCUGAAGAGUGUAAAGAUGUUACCGAGAGUCAAGCCAAGGACUAUAUCCUCGGCUACACAAUUGGGAACGACCUCACGUGCCGUAUGUUCCAGCUUCCAGGUAACAUGAGUGGUCAGUUCUUCUUCGCCAAAGCAUUUGACCAUUUUGCGCCUAUUGAUCCAGUCCUUAUCAGCCCGAAGCUGUUUGAGUCUGUGAAGAGAAACGGGCUCACGUUGAAAGUGAAUGGGGAAGUGCGGCAAAAAGCAGACCUCCAUAAUGACAUGAUCUUUUCACCAGAGAGAAUACUCAGCCACAUGAGCCAAGGCACCACUAUACCAGCAGGUACGGCAGUCAUGACAGGUACAUGUGAAGGUGUAGGCGCUUUCCGCAAACCGAAGGUUUUCCUGCAACAAGGGGAUGUUGUAGAAGUUUCCAUGCCACUGGCUGGGACUCUCAGGAAUACAAUCAAGUUGGAGUAG